AUGAGCGAUCGUACGCAGAUGGCAGCGGACCGCGAAGCGUUCGUGGCCAGCUGGAACGCUGCGCUCAAGGAUACUGCAUUCACCACGAAGAUCUUGCAGGACACGGUCUCUACGGCCGCGUCGCAGAUUUACAGUUUCGUGCAACUCUCGAGUUGUCGCUCGCAGACGCGGACGUCCGUGGCCCUGAAGAGCGAGCGCCACGAGGGUGACCUGACCGCGCGCUCACCGCAGACCGCGUCCGACACGAUCACAAUCGAAAAGCAAUUCUGCGUCUUCGUUGCGAAGCUGUGGCAGGCACAACUCGCCAGCCACUCGAGAGGUGCUAUGUGCAAGUGCCCGGCUUUUGUACUUCUGCGCCGAUUCCGCUGCGAGAUGCGGGCGCGGCAGCACGCCAAUCCAGAGGCUGUCUACGCUGUUCUGCCGAUCGACGGUGCGCGGCGUCAGGCCGCCGAUGGCGCGAAGCGCGUCCGCCCCGACGGCGCAGCGGGAGCCACCAGGCCGGAGAGCGUGACCUACAAGGUGGAGAGAGGCCUGCGCCACAUCGAACCGUACGACUUCGACUUCACCACGCACGUCAAGCAGCGGUGGGUCGGCCGUCCUAUCCUCGAGGUGUUCGCCGGCGAGUUCGUGGCGUACCCGGAGGAGUACUACCGCGCCUCGAUCGAGGCCGGCCGCGUCACGGUGGACGGGCGCAAGGUGUCCUCCGGGCACGUGCUCCAGGAGAACGAGCGCAUCGUCCACCGCGCGGUCCGCUGCAGGGAGAACCCGGUGCUGGAUCGGGGGCCCAUACGCGUCGUCGCCGAGACCGAGGAGACCCCCGGGAACUGCUCGUCGUUAGCAAGCCGAGCUCGCUGCCGAUCCACCCCUGCGGAACCUACCGAUUCAACUCGUUGA